ACGAAUCAACGACAAAACCAUUGGCAGAAGAAGUUAUUCAAUCUCCAGAUGGGUUGAUAACAGAUAAAAAGAUAGGCUUAAAGAAAUAUAAACCACUUCCUUUGGGAAUUAAUCCUGCUUAUGAUGAAGCGCUUCAGUACAUCCUUCAAGAUAAAGCAAAUAAAUAUCAGCAGAUAAAACAAAUCGACGAACAAAUAAACAAAUUUUCAAAAGCUGAACGCAACGAUGAGAUCAUUAAAGAAUUGGAAGCACUUCACAAAAGAAAAUAUUUUUUACAAGUUCAAGCUGAAAUGGAACGUAUAACACAAAUGUAUGUUGUACCAGAUGUAUUUCCAGACUUGGAACCUACGAUAUGCUUUGAAUUUAAAUUUCAUGAUGAAUUUGUUGAACCUGGAUGUUUUCAACGGCCUAUAAGAACAAUAAACCCUCCUACAAUUGUUAUGAACAGUUUCCAUGUAGAAACGCGCCUAUAUACUCUCAUUAUGGUAGAUCCAGAUAUGCCUGAUGUAGAAAAUAAAAGUUUCCAAAUGCAAUGGCAUUGGCUCAUAACAAAUAUUCCCAUUAGUGCUACGAAAACUGACAUCUCUGGUGGAAAUGAAAUUUUACAGUAUGUGCCGCCACAUCCACCUAAGGGUACUAAAUACCAUAGAUAUACCUUGGGUGCCUUUGAGCAGCCCGAUGGUAAAAUCGAAAUGACAAAAAUGGAUCAAAAAAUGAAUGUUCGUGAGUUUGUAAAUCAAUAUAAUUUGAUAUUACGUGGUGCAACAUUUUUUCGUGAAGUAUGGGAUAAGGAUGUUAGUUCAAUCUAUAAAGAUCAAUUAGGUAUCCAUGAGCCAAUAUUCGGUAAACCACCCAAGAUUGACCAUUACUUGGAUGCGACUGGAAAAAAACGACCAUCGAAAUUUAUAGAAACUUUAGAAUAA